AUGGCUGCAGAGAAGUACCAGCAGGGAUAUCCACUAGCUCCGGCCAGCGUUAUGCCCCGAAGCGAUGAAGAAUCGGCUGCCUUCCGGUCAAUCGACAACCAGGAGCUCAAGAAGAAGAAGAGACUGAAAUGCUUUACUUAUAUUGCUAUCUUUGCUGUGUUUCAAGCAAUAAUAAUCCUCGUCUUUGCUCUCACUGUGAUGCGUGUUAAAACGCCAAAGGUCCGUUUGGGAGACGUCAGCAUCAGCAGAACCAACGGAACUGGUGAAUUCAGGUUCACUGCAAUAGUUCUUGUGAGGAACAGAAAUUUUGGGCACUACAAAUUUGAUGACACGAUGGCCACUAUAAAGUCUGGGGAUGCAACUGUAGGGCUAUUUGUUAUCCCAGAAUCAAGGGCUAAGGCACGAUCAACUAGAAGACUUAAUGUUAUUGCUGAUAUAAAUUCUUCUUCAGGCAAUAAUUCUGGGGUUUUGCCUCUUUCUGUGGAGGCCAAAUUGAGAGGAAAAGUUCGUCUUAUAAAGGUCAUAAAAAGGAAUAAAUCUGCAGAUAUGAAUUGUACUAUGUCGAUUAAUUUGGCCACGAAUGCCGUACAAGAUCUGAACUGCAACUGA